AUGGGCGGGGCCCCGUGGACUUCAACAGGAUGCGAGAAUUGCAAGAAGAGCAAAGUGAAGUGUGAUAUGGGCAAACCCCAAUGUGGGAGAUGCGUCAAACGAAAUACACCAUGUCCUGGAUACCGGGGCAGACUCUUCUUCCAACAGAUCUUCACUCAGACUCAACCUGGAACCUCUAGGAGUCCCGAGUCUGAAGAAAGAAAGAUCAUGCCAGGGCCGGCUUCUAGUCCAACACCGGAAAUGAGUCUCGCGGUGUCCCCGACUAUGAGUGCUAGUCCCGAGACACGCAUGCAGAUAUCAUCUUCAUAUAUGAAUUCCUGGUUCCCUACAACAAAUCUCCGGGAACGUGGAAUGGAUAUUUGCUACCCCAUUGGUGACUGGUACUGGAUUUAUCAGAAUUUCUUGCAGGUUUCAAGUAAUUCUCCGCUGCUUGAGCGAGCACUUUUUGCGGUUUCUGCUAUCUCACUUGGAAAGUUACAUCGUGAUGAUGCGUUGCUACACCGUGGAAUUGUCGCGUAUAAUGAAUCCAUUCGGAUUAUGUUGGAUAUGAUUCAGCAGAAUGCGUUGAGUGAGGACGUUUUAUUUGCUACUGUGACUUUUCAAAUGAUUGAGGUGGUUCACUGUCCUCAUGGUCUUGGAACCUUUCUUUCGCAUGUGGAUGCUACCAAUAGGUUACUUGAGAGGCUUCACAGUAAAUCUUCAACUCCUCUCAUGAACACUAUACUGAACAAUCAACGAAAACUUGUCAUCUCCUCUUCCGCUCCCGGCAUCAGCAGUCCCAGGGGAAUAUCUCCUCUCUUACUCGAGGUACCAGAAUCCAGUUCCUCCGAGUCUGAGGUAUUUCAAUUACUCGCCGCAAUUUCAUAUAUCCGCUGUCAAGCAGAGGAUAUGCAAGAGCCUACACCCGAAACAACCCAGUCAAUUCUAGCUACAUGUCUAGCACAGAAACAGAAAAUGCUUACAUGGUAUUAUCAGCGGAAAGAGGCAAUAGGAUGUCCUUCUCUUGCUUCACAUGGUGAAUCCCUCUCCACAGACCUUCCAUCGGCGGGAAUGCUAUUUGGUACUCCAUAUACUUUCUCCGGUUUUGAGAGUGCUCGUACGCAUAUGCUAUUCUGGGCUGGUCUUCUCUCUUUAGAAGACAUGAUCCAGGAAGUAAAUAUUAUGACCCAUCACGCUGCUUUCGAGAAUGGUUUAUCCGAAUUCUAUGCCGAUGAAUUGUGUCGCUCCAUCCCUUAUUUCUUAACCGGCCGACGUGGCAAGUGGUAUUGCACUCACCAUCCACGAUAUCAGAUCAACUACCCGUAUAAUAAGCACACGCGAGAAAGAAUACGAGAACUGCGUGCCCUGCCCGACAAGCUUGAUGAGUGGGAACCUAUUCCGUUCCGCAGCCCAAUACAUGCGAAUCUAGAUUACAUCCACACUAUUGAUCACGAUUUUUGCUAUUGGAUAAUAUCCUUCUGGAAGGUGGUUGGUGAAACAUUGGUACCUGCGUCAAUAAAGUUCGAUGUUGACAAGAUUUACGGAUGUGAAGAGAUUGAUAUAAUGGGAUGUUUCCCUAACCCCGAGAACCCUGAGGAGUCUGACAAGCCUGAGCCCGAGAUCUCGUCAAUUUCUAUUCAAAACAACACUCAGGACUUUCAAAUCAAAUCCAUUACCACUGAGACUCGCACACUUGAAAUAGAUUUUGGUCUCCCUUCUCCCAUGAAUGAGUUGCAAGCUCAAUUCUUCAUCGAUUUUGUUUUUCUUUGGCGCGUUUAUAUUGAUGAUCCCUUGACUUGGAAAAGCGCACCCAUUUUCAGAGUGCUAUAUAUUUCUUUCCUGCGUCUUGCAUGCAUCGGCAUACCUCCCGAGAUUCUUCAGAUGAUUCUUCAUGAAAUGGAACCGCGUGAUAUGCUAUCGCUUUCACAGGCUUCCUUUGCCGCUGAGAUUCGUUACUACAACUCGGUGGGCCAGCUCAAGCAUACUCUUGUUGACAAGUUCGACCUUCUUAUUCCCUGUUGCGGUGAACGAGCAGGACUUGAAGAAAGUGGUAUCUGCUGCUCUGGGUGCUAUUCGUGGCAGAAUACACACUGUGUCGGCCUUAAAAAGAAGGUCGAUCAUUACAUUUGUACAGCUUGUCACGGAACUACGGAACUGACAUCUGGUGGUGUACAUUGGUUUAGUCGCCGACAAAAAAGAAAAGGGUCUCAAUUGACGUUCCGGGGUUCUCCAAAGUCGCUAAAAGUCCGACUCGCUAAGCCCGCAAAUUUACGACCAGAGCUACGGUUAAUUGGUAAUAUUUGGACAGUUCCGGCUGGCCAGAUCAACUAUUCAAUUCUUUUCAAUGGCACUUUCUCAGGGCUGGCUUAUGGUAUGGAAGACCAGUAG